AUGCAUUUCAAGUCUCUUGCCUUGCUGGCAUGUGCCAGCUGUGUCCUUGCCCACGGCGACCAUGACCACGACCAGACUCCCAUCUCCGGGCCGCACAAGUCGUUGUGGUACAACACUUUGCCAGGUGACGGCGGUACACAGGCCGACUCUGUCUUCUCUGGCAUUUCGACCUUCGGCCGUCUGCCCUACUUCCCUUGCCUUGCGAGCGACGAGGAGAAAUAUGACAUUGCAUUUUUGGGGGCACCAUUCGAUACAGGCACUUCGUACCGACCAGGAGCGCGGUUCGGUCCCAGCGGGAUCAGACAAGGUUCUCGACGCCUCAAUCUCUACGGCGGGUAUAAUGUACCAUUGCAAUCGAACCCGUUCAACUUCUGGGGCAAAGUCAUUGACUGCGGCGAUAUUCCUGUGACCUCCUACGACAAUGCAUAUGCUCUGCAGCAGAUCGAAGACGGACACAACACGCUCCUGAUGCGAACACCGUACACGGACGCAAAGGAACCGGGACUCAGCAAGGCCGGCAAGACGCUGCCCCGCGUCAUCACCCUGGGCGGCGACCACACGAUCACACUGCCUCUGUUGCGCAGCAUCAACAAGGCCUACGGCCCGAUCAGCGUGAUCCACUUCGACUCGCAUCUCGACACGUGGAAGCCGAAAGUGUUCGGCGGCGCUCCGUCCAAGCAAGCGGCCAUCAACCACGGCACGUACUUCUACUGGGCGAGCGAGGAAGGCCUGUUGGCGAACGACAGCUCCAUCCACGCGGGCAUCCGGACCACGCUGUCCGGACCCUCGGAUUACGACAACGACGGCUACUGCGGCUUCACGCGCGUCGAGGCCCGCGAAAUCGACACCAUCGGCGUGCACGGCAUCAUCCACCGCAUCAAGGAGCGCGUCGGCACCAAGAACCCCGUCUAUCUGUCCAUCGACAUCGACACUCUGGACCCGGCUUUCGCCCCGGCCACGGGGACCCCGGAGACCGGUGGCUGGAGUACCCGUGAACUGCGCACUAUCAUCCGCGGGCUGGAGGGCAUCAACUUCGUCGCCGCCGAUAUUGUCGAAGUCGCUCCGGCUUAUGAUACGAAUGCCGAGCUGACCACGAUGGCGGCUGCCGACGUGCUGUAUGAGGUCAUGACCUUGAUGGUGAAGAAGGGUCCUCUGACUCUCAAUGCCACCCAGGCCGACUACGUGCCUAGCGCUGUGAUUGACGCAGAAGACUUGUAG